CCCGAACAAUCCAACGAGCGACCCUACCAUUCGCCAACCUCGGGGUUCUCAAGUUUUUUUUCUUCUUCUUCCUCCUCCCUGUAAUUAUCAUACCGCUCGCGACAUGGCAGAGCCCGUUAUAUAGUGGCUAGCGAAAUCUGUGUGACUGCCUCGCGCGCUCCUGCGCUGCUCAUGUCUUUUCCCCCGGCUUGGGCCUUCGAUGAGCUGCUCUGACCGCAGUACUUGCUCACUGUGCUGAUCCGAACCAGAACCACGCCAUGGCCAACGACAACACAAGCACCGCCAGCACCGCUGGUGGCGUGAGCAACAUCCAGGAAUGGCGUUCCAUCGUCACACUCGUCGUCUUUGUCGUCACCAACAUCAUUGUGCUUGCACCAUUUCAUAUUCCUAUUCCUGUCCCCAGGUCAUUCAACGAUGCAAUUCGGCAAUUCUUUGUCAAGGCGCGAGUGAUCCCGCCAAGGCGCGAGGCGCCCGAUCAGGAGUCAACAAAGCCGCACAAGGUUGUCUACUGGAACAUCCCAAUCAACCUCAUCACAGCCCCUCUGGUCGCGGACUUGUUUCUUCUGGCAAUCAGCGCAAUAGGCCGACAAGAGGUCGUCGACGGAACUUACGGCAAAGAUUCGAUCUACCCAUACGACAUCAUGAUCUUCUUCAUCUCGCUUGCUUAUAUCGCCAUUUCCAUCGAUGCCUCCGGCCUCAUUAGAUAUCUUGCCUUCAAGGUGCUCCAGAAAGGCGGCAAAGUCGGCCCAUGGCUUUUCUUCUACCUCUACACCUUCUUCUUUGCGCUUGGCAGCUUCAUCGGCAACGAUCCCAUCAUCUUGUCCGGCACGGCUUUCCUCGCUUACAUGACCAGGGUCUCACGUAAUAUUGUGCACCCCAGAGCCUGGAUCUUCACCCAGUUUGCCGUGGCAAAUAUUGCCUCGGCAAUCCUGGUCUCAUCUAACCCAACAAACCUCGUGUUGGCGGGUGCUUUUGGCAUCAAAUUCAUCGUCUACACAGCGAACAUGAUUGUACCCGUAGUGGUCACGGCUAUCGUCCUUUUUCCUUUUCUUCUCUACGUCAUAUUCGCGGAUGAAGGUCUCAUUCCUUCCUCAAUCCAGAUGCACGAGCUGUCCGAGGAAGCAAAGGCGAAGAAACCCGUCAACCCCAACAUCCCACACGGCCGCGGCAUUGAAGAGGACGACGACGGAAUGACCAACGAUGACGAGGCAAAGCAGUUGUCGCUGGAGGAGGUAAUGAACCCAUUUCUGGAUAAACAUGGUGCUGCCUUUGGUGCCGUGAUCAUGGCCGCGACCUUGAUUACAGUCCUUGUGGUCAACGCGGCGCAAAUCCAUGGUGGCCAUAUACAGGUCUAUCUCAUCACCCUGCCAGCUGCGGUUGUCAUGCUUUGCUGGGAUCUGACGCUUGGCUGGCUCAAUCGCAAGGAGACCCGGAAGAUUUCGCAACGCGGCCGCGAGGAGAUCGAGCACAAGCGCGCAGAGCGUGAAGCCAGAGAAGCCGCGCUGCAGAUAGCACCACCCCCAACAUCGUCCCAGCAGACCAGUACUGAAGAACUUCGGAUCCCACCACCCGGAGAUACCGCCAUCUCCCAAUCAGAAGGCACUGAGGCAUUGUCCACGCCAUCUGAGAAGGAUGUUUUGGCUGCGGCCAAUCUGCGUGAGGGGUCUUCGAACACCGAGGCCGAGGCAGAAGCUGAGGCCGCGAAGGAAGGCCAGACACAAUCAUCUUUGCCGAAUCCAGAGAAACCCACUGCCGUCAUGGGGGAUACAACACCCAAUGAACUUUCGGGGCCCUCCUCAGAGGAUGCGAAGCGUGACGUGAGAACGCCCUCUAACACAAGCGAGAAGGCAUCUCUGGUCUCGAAAGUGGAGGACGGGCUGUCGUGGGCCAGGGAAACAUUCCCGACGGUGAUGGCAGUCAUGUCGCAUCUCCCGUUUGCACUGAUCCCUUUCGCAUUUUGCAUGUUUGUUAUGGUGCAAGGUCUGGUCACCAAGGGCUGGAUCGAGGUCUUUGCAUACGGCUGGGACCAUUGGGUUGAGAAGACGGGAACGAUCGGUAGCAUUGGGGGCAUGGGUUUCCUGGGUGUGAUCCUAAGCAAUUUCUCUGGCACAAACAUUGGCACCACCAUUCUGCUGUGCCGUGUAAUUCAGGGCUGGGAGAAGCUGCAUGGGGAUGGUCUCAAUCCCAUAAGCGACCGCACGUUCUGGGGCGCGGUCUACAGUAUGGCUCUAGGCGUCAACUACGGAGCCUUUAGCAUUGCCUUUAGUGCAUCGCUGGCUGGACUGCUCUGGCGCGACAUCCUGGCGCGCAAGCACAUCCAUGUGCGCAGCCUUGAUUUCGCCCGGGUCAACUUGCCGAUCAUUGCAAUCUCCAUGAUUGUGGGCUGCACAGUACUUGUUGGCGAAAUCUACAUAAUCAGGACGGACAACCCGUACAGUAAAGGGACCUGAGGCGGCAACUUUUUUGACAAACUCUUGUAUAAAGCACAAUUAGAAGAACAUAGCCAGCCAACUUGGUAGAACAUUCAAUUAAUAUUCUACGCUGAAUUUCACA